AUGGAGGCUUUCCCCUGGGCGCCCCGCUCGCCCCGCCGCGGCCGCGCCCCCGCGCCCAUGGCGCUCGUGCCCAGCGCCCGCUACGUGAGCGCCCAGGGCCCGGCGCACCCGCAGCCCUUCAGCUCGUGGAACGACUACCUGGGGCUCGCCACGCUCAUCACGAAGGCGGUGGACGGCGAGCCCGGCUUCGGCUGCGCCCGCGGUGCGGACGGCGGCGGCGGUUCCCCGCCCUCCUCCUCCUCCUCCUCGUCCUGUUGCUCCCCCCACGCAGGGGCCGGGCCGGGGGCGCUGGGGCCCGCGCCCGGGCCACCAGACUACGAUGAGGACGACGACGACGACGACAGCGACGAGCCGGGCUCCCGGAGCCGCUACCUGGGGGGCGCGCUGGAGCUGCGCGCGCUGGAGCUGUGCGCGGGCCCCGCCGAGGCCGGGCUGCUGGAGGAGCGCUUCGCCGAGCUGAGCCCGUUCGCGGGUCGCGCCGCCGCGGUUCUGCUGGGCUGCGCGCCCGCCGCCGCCGCCGAAGUGACGCCGCGCGAGGAGCGGGCCCGGGCGUGGGCGGCCGAGCCCCGGCUGCACAGGGCCUCCGGGGCGGCGGCCGCCCGGCUGCUGAAGCCCGAGCUGCAGGUGUGCGUGUUCUGCCGGAACAACAAGGAGGCGGUGGCGCUCUACACCACCCACAUCCUGAAGGGCCCCGACGGGCGAGUGCUGUGCCCCGUGCUGCGCCGCUACACGUGCCCCCUGUGCGGCGCCAGCGGCGACAACGCGCACACCAUCAAGUAUUGCCCGCUCUCCAAAGUGCCGCCGCCGCCCGCCGCCCGCCCGCCGCCGCCGCGCAGCGCCAGGGACGGCCCGCAGGGCAAGAAGCUGCGCUGAGGGCCUGGGCUCGGGCUGCCGGCACCUGACGCCACCGGGGCUGCCGCCGCCGUCCCACUCUUGGUCUGCGCAGCGUUCCUCCCUCGCUGUCGGGGAGAUCUGGAGCUCAGCAGUUGGCUCAACCUGGGACCUCGUCUUGGUGGUUUGUCAAAAGCUGACCGUGUGGAGUACUUCCCUGCCGAGCGUUUGGGACUAGACACUAAAAUCUCCGUUUGUCUCUACAGUUUCUAGUUUGCCCACAUCCAGAACCGCGGAGGCUGGGUGUGUAUUCCACUAACUGAAAUAUGGCAACUUAGAGGCGCUGUUUAUUUACUGUAUACGUCGACCUAUUUUAGAUGCGCAUCAGUAUGAAAUUGUCUCAGUCUAACCUUGAAUGUUUCAUUUUAUGAAUGGAGGCACUUUACUAGGUCUAGAAUAUUUUUUUAAAAGCCUCUGAACUGAGCUUAAAACUGGCGAUUUUAUGGAAUGUUGACAAAAUGACUAUUUUAUUGUUUGAAGCAAGUAAUAUUCUUAGUUGUCCUUAAUCAGUUAUUCUAAUUCCAGGUGAAGGCAAGCCCCUAGUGCAUCACCGUUAUGAGAAGUGAAGGUUUUGUAAACUUUCCAGUAUUAAUUUGGGCGGGUAUUCCUCCUUGUGGCUUGUUACGUCCUAGUAAAAUGCACAAUCUGUAGCAGGUAGAAUACAGCUCCUUAUCCUCUUAUGUACCAGAUCUUUUAUUACUGAACUAGCAACUAGCCUUUUCCACCUUUAAAAAUCGUGCCAAGUCAAUCAUACUGUGUAUAACUUGGAAAUGGUGCUGUUAAAAAAAAAAGACGUGUAUUUGUACAGUUAACAGUAUAUGAAUUCAUUAACCUCACCU